AUGCAUAAUGAUGAAUACUGUAUUCGCUAUAAUUUUCUGAACGCUACUGAGACAUUUCGAGAAGAAGGCUUAGAGCCUGUGACAUUAGCCAUUCACGGCACGGCAGAAAUGAUGAAGAUGAUUGAACAGAAGCCUUCAAACUGGGAUGGUCCUAUAUCACUUGGUCUUUUUGUGGAUUUCCAUUCAAGACAGGCAUUGGAUUAUAUUGCUAACUUACACUACUGUGAUGCCGAAUUUCGGAGAAAGGUAACAGUCCAUUUUGCUUUCCGCUUUUCUGCUUUCCAAGACAAAUGUCCACUGAUAAAAAUAGCAUCCAAUACGAUAGAAUGUGAAGAAUUCCUGAAGAACCGGGACAAGUAUCGAAAGUCUGUAGUGGGAUCUUUCCAACUCUAUCCGAGCAAUUUGAUGAGAAAUAUUGCGAGAUAUGGAGCAAAAUCCGAUAUUCAUUUUAUAGCAGAUGUUGAUAUGAUCAUGAGUGAGAAUUUCGCUACGAAAAUUAAACCAAUUGCAAAUGAGAUGAUUGAUGGGAAAAAUAAAAAAUUGCUAGUAGUGAGAAGAUUCGAAACCAACACUACCACUAUUCCUAAGAAUCACAAAGAACUGGGAAUUGCAAUUAAAAAUAAAACAGUACACGAGUUUCAUCAUAAAUUUUUCUUCUCCGGGCAUCGUAUCGAGAAUAUAUCUCAUUGGUUCAAUAUUUCUGAUUCUUCAGAUAAAAUCAGUGCAUGGGAAAUUCCUUACACAAACAGUUUAUGGGAGGUACAAGUUAUUCUGCACAGAAAUGAUUUAUACAAUGCUGAUUACUUUCCAGCAAGGAUAAAAGUGAUGCAGUCGUUGAUUUAUAGUUUGUGUCGGGCAAAUUACACAUUUAAUCUACUUUCACAUGUUUUUGAUGUUCACCAAGGAGUGAAGCUUGAUGAUACGAAUUAUUCGAAAUCAGUAAUAUCGCAUUCCCAAAAAUUUGGAAAACAAAUAGCCUACAACCGAUAUGUCAAGGAAAUGAAUGAAAGCUACCCUCUCACUCUUAAGCGUUGUGGAAAAUUUACGAUGUAA